AUGCGGCGCGCGGGAGGCGCGACGGGCGACGCGGACGCGCUGGUAGACGGCGCGCGCGCGAGCGGGGACGACGCGGACGCGCGCGAGGCGUUCGUGGACGCGCUGCGGCGGUGCGCGACGACGCUGCAGGUGACGGCGCUGGAGACGGCGGCGCGCGCGGCGAGGGAAGGCGGUGAAAAGCGCGCGAGCGCGAGCGAACGCGCGAGGGAAGACGCGAUGGACGCGGACGAGACGGGGGAGCGCGCGGUGCGAGCGAUCGAGCGGUUGGCGAGCGGACUGGAGGACGCGGCGUCGAAGUCGACGACGGAGGUUUUGGACGCGGCGACGGCUCGAGCGACGGCGACGCUGCGCGAGUUGCCGGAAAAUCACGCGCGUAAGGUGUUGGACGCGUCGAGUUGGACGAACGCGCAGCGGGAGUUGAUCGAACGCGUGGAGAGGGCGUUGCAUGAUGAGUACAAGGCGCGGAGGGAGAUGGUGGCGAAACGCGCGCAAGUGACGACGACGUCGUUUUGUUAUAGCGCGAGAUUGAACGCGCUGAAGGACGUGCGCGAAGAGUUCGCGCGCAGAGUCGUCAGUGAGCUUCACGUCGCGCCGCAGGUGACGAUGGACGACGUGUGCGACGCUCGGUACGCGGACUUAGCCGUGGCCGGGAUCAAGGUGACGGCGGGGAGCGACGGCUUACAAAGCGCGGUGAAAAAGGUGCUCAUGGGAAGCGUUCCCGAUCGAGGUGGUCGCACCGACGGCAGCGAUCGCGCGGCGAUGCCCGCUUUCGCGGCUCGAACCGACGCGCCGAGUGGUGGUCGAGGCGGCGGCGGGCGCGGUGGCGGCGGCGACAAGCCGAAACCGACUCCGAAACCAAAGAAAAAGGGCGCCGUGCGUUGGUGA